GUAUGUUCACCUUUUGCUACAGGCCCCAGGCAAAGUGAUGGGACAUUUUAUGAAUUCCGCACCUAUUUUCUCAAGCCCUCAAAGACAAAUGAGUUCCUGGAAAAUUUCAAGAAAAAUGUUAACCUCCGGACAGCUCACUCUGAAUUGGUUGGAUAUUGGAGUGUAGAAUUUGGAGGCAGAACAAACAAAGUAUUCCAUAUUUGGAAGUAUGAUAAUUUUGCUCAUCGAACAGCAGUUCGUAAAGCCUUGGCCAAUGAUAAGGCAUGGCAAGAAGAAUUCCUCAUUCCAAAUUUGGCUUUCAUUGAUAAACAAGAGGUUGAGAUCACCUACCUGGUACCAUGGUGCAAAAUAGGAAAGCCUCCCAAAGAAGGAGUCUAUGAAUUGGCUACUUUUCAGAUGAAGCCCGGAGGCCCAGCUCUGUGGGGUAACGCAUUCAAAAGGGCUGUAAAUGCCCAUGUCGAUCUUGGCUACUCUACACUAGUUGGUGUUUUCCACACUGAAUAUGGAGCCCUCAACAGAGUUCAUGUUCUGUGGUGGAACGAGAGUGCAGACAGUCGCGCGGCUGGGAGACACUGGUCUCAUGAGGACCCCAGAGUCGUGGCUGCUGUUCGGGAAAGCGUCAACUACCUCGAGUCUCAGCAGAAUAUGUUCCUGAUCCCAGCAUCCUUUUCACCACUGAAGUAGUUUCCAACCUGGACAUGGGACAUCCCCGUCACUGACAUGAGAUGCUCAAAAGAAUCAGUCUCUUUGUUGUCUGAGGGAGGUGGUGAGUUACUUCCCAGUCCCUCUGUAUUUGAAGGCUACCUGUGUCCUCUACUACCAGCAAUUCCGGAAAUACUUCUGUUCAUUUUCCCCAUGCCAUUUCAUGUCACCAUGUCAGACAUAAGAAAGAGUUGCCUUUACUCUGUGACCCUGGUACUUUAUUGUUCCACAAUAUCUUGUCUUCUGUGAUUUUAUGACUCAUUGCUGUCUUAUAUUCAAAUAAUGAUUUUGAAAUAUUUUUAAAUUAGUUAAAUACAGUAUCUGUUUUUUGAACAUGUUCAUUUUUCCUGAAAUUUAAAAAUAAUUUUUUACCCAAUAGUGUUUGCUUUGUGAUAUCAAAUGGGAUUCAUAGAAAUAUUAAAUCUAGUAUUUGUCGUAAUACUUUAUAAAGGUACAAUAUAAUACCAUCUGUAUUAAUUGUGAUUUCACAUUAAUUAUUAAGUCAAAGUAGGAAAAUAAUAUAAACUUGAGACUUGUUACUGGAUAGUAUGGUUUUGGCAUGUUCAUUUUUAAUUAACUUUUACUAUUUUUAACUUUAUCUUGAAUCACUCAGAAAGAUUAUGAUAUUUACUUCAAUGAAAUCUUUAUAAUUGGAAAUCUUUGACCUAAUAAAAGCCUUCACACCCAUUCUGA